ACCACAGAUAUUUGGCUCCUGUACAGAAAUCGGUGUACCUGGCAGGUGAUACGGGGCCCGGCGCUGAGGCCUUGCCUCCCACAGGCCGGCGCUGGAGGCCAGUGUCACACAGCUUGUGGUCACAGCAGCCAGUCCUGCGAGGUGGCCCUGGGACCUGCACUGAGACACCAGUCCCUGAGGUCACACGGUCGGCCGUGGCAAAAACCACAGAUUUGAGGACUGGCCAGGGGGAGGUGGGGGACUCAGGGAGUGGCUGGCAGGACGGCCUAAGUGUGGUGGGAAAGAGGAGGUUGGUUGGUGGGGAGAAUUGGCAGUUUGCUUUUGGACAAAUCGGGUGGUGCUGGAACUCUACGCGGAGUCCGGGGCCAGGACGCCCCCGGAGCACGUAGGGCUCAAGCCCCGACUACAGAGAGCAGCCUUGGGAAUGAGGCAGGAGCACUCGGCCAGCCUCCCCGGGGUCGCCAGAGACCGGCUCGCCAGCUGUGUGGCUCCACAAAGCCAGGAGGCCCCGGCAGCUGUCACAGGCACGGAGCAGGCUGGCGUCACCUCCUCGAUGUGCAGGCCUGGCCAGCUGUCGUUCAGCCCCGGGAUCUCGUGCACCCGGGCCUCAGCCCGACGUCCUCCUCUUCAGUCCCACGAGGCUGGACCGGGCCAGCAACAAGCCCUAAAGCCCCAGCUUUGGAUCGCGCUAUCACUCUGCUCCCCCCGCCCCCCGGGCCUCUCCCCAAACCCCCUGGACAUGUAAUUCUUGGAAAUGUCAGGAUCUGUGUAUCUGGCCCAGCCCAGCCCUGCCUCUUCCUGCAGGGAUUCUGGAAGAAGGGAUGAAACCCAGCUAGGACCAGCCUGCCAGGGGCAGAACCGAGGGCUGCUCCGAGCCUUCUGAGACACUAUUUCCAACUCGUACCUCCUGCCCCUCCCCCGUGGCCCAGCUGGGAAAAAUGAACAUGACCCGAACGUAUCCUUUGGAGAAAGUGCUAACGGCUUUCUUCUUGGCUGGAGGUGGACUCCUUGCGCCUAUUACCGGGCGGUGGGACUGCUGCUAUCUUUACUUGGGAGUUUACUACGGCGUAAAGAGGGGGUAGGAAUGCCAAGUUGACAAGGGGUGGGCUGUGGACGCGCGUCAACUUGGAAGCCGAACCUCAUUUCCAGAACUUCCCGUUACUUUCUGGUUCGGGUCGGCCAGUCAGACGAAUCCUGGAGGGCAUGUGGGUGGAGGUGGUGAGGAGGUGUGGGCGUCCGCCGACCUGGGUCAGGCUGGUGGCAGGAGAGGCCAGCGCGCUGCCGGCUGGACGCUGUGGCUCCCGCGGGUCCCCUUCCCCGGCCGCCUGUCCCGGGGUCCCGGGCUCGGCACAACGCGCAGAGCCGCCGAGACACUGGCGUGCGCGGUCACGGCGGGGACACCCGCGCCGGCACGAGCCGGUGAGCGGCGGGAAGGCGCGCCGGCCCCUCCCGACCCGCCCGCUCUCGGCCUGCCGGCCGGAAGAGGAAGCGCGCCGGCGCCCACGUCCGGGGCGGGAGGAGGCGUGGCCGGCGCGCGCCCGCCCCCGGCAGUGUGCCCGCCGUGCAUUCCGCAUCCGUCCAUCAGUUCGUGUGUCCGACCGUCCGUCAUCCCUGAGCGCGCGGCCGCGGCAGGAUAGGUCUCUGGCUCUGGGGUACCCAGAGGUGCCCUCAUGCAGACCUGCCACACUGUCAGCCAGGCGGGAUUGGAGCGGCCCCCACCAUGGGCUGGGGAGCAGGAGGGAGCUGCACCCCGCGCCCACCCAUCCGCCAACAGCCCUUGUCAGAGCCCCGUGUGAUCACCGUGGUCUUCCUCGGCCUCCUGCUGGACCUCCUGGCCUUCACUCUGCUGUUGCCUCUGCUGCCAGGGCUGCUGGAGAGCCAUGGCCGUGCCCACGAUCCCCUCUAUGGCUCCUGGCAACGAGGCGUGGACUGGUUUGCCGCAGCCAUCAGGAUGCCAGCGGAGAAGAGGUACAACAGUGUCCUGUUUGGAGGUCUGAUAGGCUCAGUCUUCUCCUUCCUGCAGUUCCUCUUGGCACCAGUCACGGGGGCUGUCUCAGACUGUCUCGGGAGGCGCCCGGUGAUGCUGCUGUCUCUGGCAGGUCUGGCCACCUCGUAUGCCGUGUGGGCGGCCUCAAAGAGCUUCGCCGCCUUCCUGGCCUCCAGGGUGAUUGGGGGCAUCAGCAAGGGAAACGUCAGCCUCUCCACAGCCAUCGUAGCCGACCUGGCCUCACCUUCCGCCCGCAGCCGAGGCAUGGCAGUCAUUGGAGUGGCCUUCUCGCUGGCCUUCACGCUGGGCCCCAUGCUUGGCGCCUUCCUGCCAGCGGAGAUGGUACCCUGGCUGGCUUUGCUCUUUGCUGCCUCCGACCUGUUGUUUAUUUUCUGCUUCCUGCCGGAGACGCUGCCUGCGGAGAAGCGGGCAUCCUCUAUCGGCCCGGGGUUCCAGGCCGCGGCAGACCUGCUCAGCCCCGUGGCCCUGCUCCGUUUCUCGGCCGUGGCCCGUGGCCAGGACCCACCCGCUGGAGACGGGAUCCGUCACCUUCGCCGCCUGGGUCUGGUGUACUUCCUCUACCUCUUCCUGUUCUCGGGUCUCGAGUUCACCCUGAGCUUCCUCGCUCAUCAGCGCUUCCAGUUCAGCAGCCUGCAGCAAGGGAAGAUGUUUUUCUUCAUCGGCCUCACCAUGGCCACCGUGCAGGGCGCCUACGCCCGGAAGAUCAGCCCUGGCAGCGAGAUUGCCGCGGUGAAGCGGGCCAUCUUGCUGCUGGUGCCUGCCUUCCUCCUCAUUGGCUGGGGGCUCACGCUGCCCGCGCUGGGCCUGGGGCUGCUGCUCUACUCCUUCGGCCCCCCAGGUGGGAGGAGACCAGCAAGCACCCGACGGCUUCCUCCCCCCCCCUCCCCCAAAGGCUUGCCCAGGCAGAAGGGCACGAUCAUGGGCACACUUCGGAGCCUGGGCGCCCUGGCCAGGGCAGUGGGACCCAUGGUGGCUGCCUCAGACACACGGUGUCAGCCACGCCUCCAAAUGACAAAAUAAAGCAGCUAUUUUAUACCAAGUGCCUUUCGCCAGCACACGGCUGUGCCUCACUACCCCCCACCUGGGAGACCCCCGAGCACCAGAAGCUCUUACGCCUGCACUGAGCAGAAAAGUCCAAGGCUCGUCCGGGGCCCGCGACCAUUCUGCACAACAGGGAGGACAGAAAGGGUGACACAGGGCCCGCCACGAUGGGAGCCCACACCCGCUAGGGCCCACGUGAGCUGUGCCCUGCACCCUGGCCACCCAGGGAGGAGGGAGCCCUGUGCUGGGCUCUUCCCAUCACCAUCCCAUCCCUGCGCAUCUGUUCGGACUGUAGGGGCGUCAGGCUCUCGGGCCCAAGAGCAGGCUGGCACGCCGGGCAAGGCGAGUCUGGGUUCUAGGGGCCUUCCUGGUGCAGAGCAACAGUGUCCAAUCAAGAAAUAAACACUUGGGAUCUCAAGACAGACUUCUGGAAGUCCUAUCUUGAACCAAGGGGGAAAAAAAUGCCAAACUGCUUCCGAAAUUUAGACAAGGAAACUGCUUAAAGAAUUUUAUUUGUGAGUAAAACACGUUACAGUGGAGGACAGAGGACCCAUCCUCCCAAGCCUGUACCCAUAUAUGCGACUAGACUUCAUGUUGUAAUACAAAGAGUUAAAAUAAACUACAAAAGUGAAA